AUGUAUCAAGUGAGUGUUUUUAUCCUCUCAGACAAGUGUGGUACCAAUUUAUGGACCCGAAUGGAUGAAGCGCUUGGUUGGCACCGGUGCGGUUUCGAACCAUCGAACGAUCGUGCAGGCACAGCGGAAGGUCUUACCGACUGCGUUACGUUCGUCCCCUUACUUGAUAUACCGUACUUCUCUGUGUUUGCUUUGCUCACAACACCAAUCCUUUAUUACUCACUGCUUAUGGCCGGGAAUGACUAA